CAACAGAGAGCGAUAAGGAUGAAAAAUUGCGGCGGCCAGCGUUCGACUGAAAUAGUCGUGGUCCUAGCGGUCGUCCUUUUGCUGGCUUUGCUCCUCGUCCUGUGGCAAGGCUCGUCCUCGCCGUCGCCACUGGACAACAGUGCCAUCGACAACCAGAGCGCGUCGUCGCUGCUUCGCCUCGGCCACCAGUCCAUCUCGGGAAACCAUUUCCUCCAAACGCCCAAUCACCACCGCGCGGCGGAGGGUGGCGAUGGUCCCGCGUCCAAGGUGGAAACGACUUGGGGCGAUUGGAAGGCGGAAAUCGUGCCGAGCGACGCAGGCAACGCCGAGUACGUCGCACUGGCCAAAAGCGACCGCAACUCUUACGAGGAUCCCCUGGACAGACCGGUAGAGCUCGAGCGCCACCACAGCGGGCACUUCCGGCACAGCCAGAGCAAGGUCUGGGACCCCCAUCCGCGGUACGAUUUCGUGGCUUUCGGCCACGCGUUCCACGUCCAUCUCAAGGAAGACAGGAGCUUCGCGCCUCCCGGCGUCACAGUAACUCACGUCGACGAGAACACGACCAGACGCGAGUACCCGAGCCACCGUUUGGGCUGUUUUUACACGGGCUACCUGGAAGGCGAUCCCAAGUCGUUCGUGGCGGUCAGUCUCUGCCACGGAAUGACAGGACACAUGAGGACGUCGACGGGUAAUUAUUUGAUUAAACCGGCACAGGCGCGAAACUACGGCGACGACGAAAGUCUGGCCGCGCCGAUGCCUCUGCAACACGUCAUCUAUCGCCUGUCCAAGAACAGUGCAAAGUCGCUCCUUAAAAGUGACCACGAGAGAACCAGCGAUCUCCUGACCACCAACAACAUCGCAAGUGGCGCCGAACACGCUUGCGGGCUCUUGGACGAUGUUACGGAAGAAGGUGAGCCGUCCAUCUCAAUUUCGGAGGACGACAACGAGCCAAGGGCGCAUCAGAGGAGACACCGGCGUCAAGCGCUCGUGUACGACUCUAGCGAGAGUUUUGCUUACGAGGGAGAAUCGGACGGGUACAGCAAGUGGCGCGCGAGACGGGCCUCCCCGCGGGAGUAUUUCAUCGAAAUAAUGGUCGUGGCUGACUCCACGAUGAUAAAUUACCACGGAGAUAGUCUCACGAACUACAUCCUCGUCCUCAUGAACACGGUGUCGCGAAUCUACAAAGACCCGUCGAUCGGCAAUCCGGUGAGCAUAGCCGUGAUUAAGAUCAAACAAGUGGACAAGGUGUUUGGCUUAAAGCAGCGCAACAGCGACGGCAUCGAGGCGUCCGGUAUGCUCAAGAAAUUUUGCGACUGGCAAAACAUCAACAAUCCCCACGAACCCUCACCGGAGCAUCACGACGCCGCUUUGCUUCUCACGAGGGAAAACCUGUGUCGGAAGCCCGGAGUAAAGUCCUGCGAUACCCUGGGCUUGGCCGAGCUCGGUCGGAUGUGCUCCUUGAACUCGUCUUGCGCCAUCGUACAAGACAACGGGCUCGCCACCGCAUUCACCAUAGCUCACGAGAUCGGCCACGUGUUGAACAUGCCUCACGACGAUGACGAAAAGUGCCUAAAGUAUCGAGAUAGCUCGGCCGACAACAUCAUGUCCCGCAUGCUCGACGACAACACCUUCCCUUGGGAGUGGUCCAAGUGCUCGAGGCACUUUCUCACCGAGUUUCUCGAGGCAGGAUCGGGCAAUUGUUUGCUGGACGAGCCGGGCGAGGGUAAAAUAACGCUGCGACCACGUGACAGUAGAUUACCGGGGGAGGACUACUCCCAGAACAAGCAGUGCGAGCUGGUGUACGGCGCGGGCUCGGAGAUUUGUCCACACAUGGCGGGCGAUGGUAAGUUUGGAAAUGCAGCAUGCAAGCGGCUGUGGUGCACGGUACCGGCCGGCAUCUGGAGCGGCAGUGGGCACAAGCGUCAGGAGCAGUGUCACACGCAGCACAUGCCCUGGGCCGACGGUACGGUCUGCGGACUGGAGAGGUGGUGCCACCGGGGCGAGUGCGUGCCUCGGCAGGAGAAUCUCGAGCCCGUCGACGGUCAAUGGGGCGAGUGGACGAGCUACGGUGAGUGCUCGCGUACCUGCGGCGGUGGAAUCAAGAAAAAGUUUCGGCACUGCGACAGACCGGCACCCAAGAACGGGGGGAACUAUUGCAUCGGCGAGAGGGUCAGGUACAAGAGCUGCGCCACCAAGGACUGCCCCGGAGGUUCGAUUGAUUUUCGCGAGGAACAGUGCGCCCAGUUUAACAAUGACAAUCGCAACAUCCGCAAUCUGACGAAGAAUGUCAAGUGGCAAGCAAAGUACGACGGAGUGCUCGCAGAGGAUCGUUGCAAGCUUUACUGCCAAGUGGCGAGCAACCAGUACUACAUGCUGCGGGAAAAGGUGGUCGACGGGACGGCCUGCGGCCUCGGGACCUUUCACGUCUGCGUCAACGGCCACUGCAAGCCGGCCGGCUGCGACCACACCCUCAACUCGACGGCGAGCCUCGACACCUGCGGCGUGUGCCGGGGCAACAACUCGACCUGCCGGCGCAUAUCCGGCUCGUACAACACCAGCGAGUACGGGUACACGAGGGUCACCAAAAUACCGGCCGGCAGCAGCUACAUCGACAUCAAACAGUACGGCUGGAGGGGCUCGCACAACGACAGCAACUACUUGGCUCUUCGACUCAAGGACAGCGGCAAGUACAUAUUAAACGGCAACUUCAUGGUGAUGCAGCGCAAGGUGAUCAUGCAACCAGGAGCUACGAUAGAGUACAGCGGGCCCGAGCACGUGGUCGAGAGGCUCAACAGUUCGAGGCCGAUCCACGUCGACUUGAUACUCGAGGUGCUGUCGGUCGGGAGCGUCAAUCCGCCCCAGAUAACGUACGAGUACACCGUACCCAAGCUCAUACUCAACAGGUUCACGUGGCUGCUGAGCGAUUGGACGGCCUGCGAUCGUAUCUGCCAGGGCUUGAGCCACCGACAGGCUCGCUGCCAGAGCGUCGAGAAUCAGGACGUAGUGGCCAACGACUACUGCCCGGCCCGAGACAUGCCGCACGAGGAGACUCGUAGCUGCAACUCUCACUGCGAACUCCAAUGGCAGGAGGUGCCGAACUCGAGGUCCGAGUGCUCGAGCGACUGCGGCCCAGGAGAGAUGCGCGUGCGCUACCGUUGCGUCCAGGUCGCGUCGUCGUCGAGGUUGGCCGAGCUCGCCGUGACCGUCCGUCCGGUACCCUCGCACGUCUGCAACCACCUCGAGCGGCCCCAGGAGCUAAAGCCAUGCACGGGCACGUGCGACAGCGCGCGCUGGCGGUAUGGCGAGUGGGGCACCUGCUCGGUCACCUGCGGCGACAAUGGCCUCCGACACAGGACGGUGCAGUGCGUCAACGCCAACAACGAGACACUGCCCGACGACACCUGCUCGCACCUCGCCAAGAUCGUCAGCCAGUCCUGCGGCCACAAGUCAUGUCCCACCUGGACCUUCGGCGACUGGUCUCCCUGCUCCGUUGGUUGCGGAUUGGGGAAGAGGGAGAGGCCCUACUGGUGCCGAAUCGACAAUCGGGUGGUUCACCCGAACCACUGCGGUGGCCAGCCGGACAGAGUAUCCGAAGCUUGCGACGCUGGCCCUUGUCCCACCUGGCACGCCGGCGACUGGAGCUCGUGCUCGGCUACUUGCGGCGAUGCGGUUCGCAGGAGAGCGGUCACUUGUCGAUACGCAAACGGCUCCGUGAGCAAAGACUGCGAUUCUUCGUCAAAGCCAAUUGUUUCGAUCAGCUGUGGGCUUCAGUCCUGUUCGGCGGAGAUCAGCUCCACUCCGAUGGUGAGUUACACUUCGAAUGCUGUGCCGGUGGAUCGAGUGGACGAGCACGAGAAUGACAUAAACAAUCGCCGUGAGGUGUUUCGGGCUAAAUACACGUGGACGAUCGAAGGCUUCGAAGAGUGCUCGAAAUCCUGCGGGGGGGGAUUCGCGAGACAGAUAAUCAAGUGCGUGUCCUCCGAGAGCGGAGAAGAAGCUCCCGGGCCAAAGUAUUGCGACCUCGAGAUUCGCCCGACCGACGUGAUAUCGUGCAACGAGCACCAGUGUCCGAACUGGGCAACCGGCCCGUGGAGUCAAUGCGACGUCAAGUGCGGCGACGGUUACCAGCACAGGCAGAUUUUUUGUCAGGAUUCACGGGGCGAAGUAAUGACCGAUAACGCCUGCCCGGACAAGUCGAGACCCCGACACGCGAGAAAGUGCCAAAGGGCUCCCUGUAUCCAGAACAGUCGCGGCAGUAACGGCUUGCUCAACCUCACCACGUACAAGUGGCACGUGGGAUCCUGGAGCGAGUGCUCGGCGAGCUGCGGGAACGGGGUGCGCCGUCGCGAGGUCAGCUGCCACCGCGUCAACAGCUUCGGCUGGCAGGACCCGAGCCCCAGCAGUGGCUGCUCCCACAGCAGCAAGCCGGCUAGCGAGCAGUUCUGCAAAAUCCGAGGCUGUAGCGACAGGUUCCACUGGACGCCCGGAAGCUGGAAGAAAUGCUCCCAGCCGUGCGGGAGGAAGGGCAGGCAGAUGCGCCGAUUGUUUUGCCUCGACCUGAGGGGCAGGAAGGUCCGGAGCAGACACUGUCCCGCGAGCUUGCGACCCCAGCGGAAGCGCAAGUGCAACCAGAGGCCCUGCACCGGACCCACGUCCUGCCUCGAUCUGCGGGCGCGGCUCAAGACCAGCCUCGACGGAGAGUACACUUUGCUGGUCGGUGGCAGGUACAUGCCCAUCCAUUGCCACGGUAUGGAUGGGCCUGUGCCUCAGGAGUACCUCACUCUGCCGGCCGGUGAGCGCGAGAACUACGCCGAAAUCUACGACAAACGCCUACGGAAUCCUCCCACCUGUCCGUACGAUGGACAAAGGAACGACAGCUGUGAGUGCAUGGUAGACGCGGUCCCGAUAUCCGGUAGGACCAUGUUCAAGAAAGUCCGGAUAAACAUUCACACGUUGCACAUCAUAGCCGAUGACUAUACGUUUUCCGCAAAAGUUGGGGAAAACAACAUCGAGUACGGAAAAGCCGGUGACUGUUACAGUCAAAUGGAGUGUCCCCAGGGACGAUUUGGGAUCAAUUUGAGCGGCACCCUGCUGAUGUUGUCGCCAGAGGUUUACUGGCCAAGACAGAAAAAUACCUUCACGGUCAUCAAUAAAAUCAGUAAUCAGCGCGUCAUAGGAAAAUGUGGGGGGUACUGUGGCUUUUGCACACCUUUUCCAGGACUGAAGUUGAACGUUCUGCCUCCUUAGAUCGAAACUUUUUUUUUUUUUUUUUUCUACUGCGAGAACUAAAGACUAAAUGUAGCAAGAAUGACAAGCAGCAUCAAUGUUUGUGUAAAAAUAAUCAAUUUCAAUGUUUUAGUUAGUAAGACUUUGAAAGAGAUACGAUGUAGCUAAUAAUGUGCUUUACAAAAGUAUAGGUAAAUAUAAAUAUAUAUAUAUAUACCCGUGCCAUAAUCAAUCUCUUCGGAUAAUCAAAUUUUCCGUACAAAAUGUUUGUGUUGUACACACGUAGUUUGAUUUUUUUUUUUUUUUUUUUUU